AUGGACUUCAACGUCAAAAGCUUGUAUGAGAAUAGAUCUGUUUUCGUAACUGGAGGAACAGGAUUUCUCGGAAAAGUUGUGGUCGAGAAGUUGCUAUGGUCCGUUCCUGGAAUCGAAAAUAUUUACCUUCUUAUUCGUCCAGCAAAGGGCAUGACUCCAGCACAGAGAUUAGAUAAAGUUCUUCGAGAUCCAUUGUUUACAAGAUUGAAGGAAAGAGAUGCUAGCGUAUUUCAAAAAAUUAUACCUAUAUCAGGUGAUAUGACACACGAGAAUCUUGGUAUCUGCCAAGAAGAGGAGGAAAGGAUGAUAGAGAAGGUGAAUGUGUGCAUCCACAGUGCUGCUACAGUGAGAUUCGAUGAGCCAUUGAAGGAUGCUGUGGAAAUGAAUGUAACUGGAACGAGCAGAGUCAUUGAGCUCUGUAAAAAAAUGAAAAACUUGAUUUCCGUUGUUCAUGUUUCAACCGCCUAUGCUAACUGCGAUCUGAAGGAAACUCAAGAGAAGGUUUAUGAGCCACCUGUUCCUCCAAAGCCUAUAAUUGACGCUGUAAACUGGUUGGGGACCGAUAUUUUGGAUAUGAUAACUCCAAAGCUCUUAGGGAAGCGUCCAAACACCUACACUUUAACCAAAGCCUUAGCAGAGAAAUAUUUGCAAGAAGAAGCUAGAGAUAUGCCUUUAAUAAUCAUUCGUCCCUCGAUCGUUGGAGCAGCUUGGAAAGAUCCCAUUCCAGGAUGGACGGACAACAUCAAUGGUGCUACCGGAGUUUUUGCUGCUGUCGGAAAGGGUGUGCUCACUAAUAUGUGCGGUUCUGUAGAUGCUAUUGCUGACAUCGUCCCUGUUGAUGUUGUAGCUAACAUGAUCAUUGUUGCUGCUUCUUACAGAGCUUUCACAGAAACUAAUGAAAUUCCAAUCAUGCACUGCACAACCGGAGAUUUGAAUCCUGUUAAAUGGCAGAAGAUAGUUUAUUAUCUUGAGGAAUUCUAUAACGAAUACCCAUCAGAGCAAUGCAUCGGAGUUCCUUCCACUCAAAUGCACAAAAAUCGUUCAGUGUUCGAGUUUAACUUCUACUACAAGCACUACUUACCUGCACUUGUCUUAGAUUUUAUGAACUCACUGAUAGGAAGAAAAAAAAGAUAUGCGAGAUUAUAUGGAAAAGUCUGGAAGAUGGUUGAAACACUUCAUUUCUUCACUCUGAACGGAUGGUUAUUCCGCACCGAAGGGUUGACUGAACUAUUGGGAGAAAUGAGCAUAGAAGAUCAACAGGAAUUUGACUUCGAUGUGCGUACAAUCAAUUGGAAUAGCUAUCUUUAUAGUUAUGCUAUGGGCAUUAAGAAAUUUAUUCUGAAAGACAACAACUUGCCUUUAGCUCGUACACAUCUCUAUAGAUUAAAAGCAUUCAAAACUAUGGUCCAAGCACUGGUACUAUUCAUUUUGGCAAAAGUGUUACCAUGGAAUGGAAGACAGAAGCUUAUGGCAUGGGGAGUAGGACUAAUCCUUACAUAUCUUUAUUCCAAUAGUGUUUUCCGGCAAUAUUUGAAACAGAAGUAA